AUGGUUUUGAUUCUCAAUAUUGCUGUUAAGCUUUUUACUUCUGCUGAAGUGAUUUCCUUGGUGUUUGAUCCAUGGAGGAUGGAGCUGGUGUCUGAUCUGGCUGACUCCUUGCGGGAAUUUGAUGGAUAUUCAUUUGAUUCAGAUAUCUGCGUACGGCAAGUUUAUAGGGUCGACCUUUGCCAUCAGGCAAAUGAUGAAGAGGAGGAUGAAGACAGUAGUUUCCAAGAAGCUCUACUGGAAAAGACACAGGCUAAGUCAGGUUCAUCCAACAGGGAUAGUCUCAGAAAAUGCUGCCGUUUCCAAGCCAUUAAUGUUGGAAGCCGACAAAAACUUGUCAUUUUGGUGAUUGUGCUAGUGUUUUUCUUUACGAUGGCAUUUGCGGUGCUGAUUUGGAUCGGCAGGGGAAAAAAUCGUAUUGAUUCUUCUGUCGUGGCUCGGGUAUACAUAGAUGUCUUUUCUGUAACAAUGCUUUUACUUGGAGGAGCUCUGGCUUGCUAUGGUUUGGUACUGUUCUUGAAAAUGAGAAGAGUAAGAUCUGACAAAGCUUCGUCUGAGAUGUGGAAGGUUGCAGGUUUGGCGGUUGUCACUGUUGUAUGUUUCACAUCCAGCGCUCUAGUGGCUCUUUUUAGUGAUAUUCCUGUGCUUUAUCACUGGCAUCCAAAAUCCAUAGAGGGUGUAAAAACUUCAGUUCUAAUAAUUCUAUAUUAUUUCAUAGGUUCAUCAAUACCCUCAGCUUUUGUAUUAUGGGUCAUGAAAGAAAUGCCACCUCCCCAAACAGUUGGUAGAGAAGCUCAGUCCAGAAUAGUAACUUUUGUCAGAGAUAGACCAGCAACCAUGCAUCAUCCCCAACGCUGGACUAAGGCCACAAGCUCACAGAAUCAGGCAUCAAGAGCUAGCCCUAUCUGAAGGAAUCACAUGAGGCUGCAUUAUCCAGCAUCUCUUGAUUGUGCGAAAUUCAUUGUGACAAGGGUAGAAGUUCAGGGCCACCAUUGCUACAAACGGCUGGCUUUCAACCAUGAGACUGAAAGGCCAUUGAAGCUGUUUGCAUAAUCUUGAUGGGGUAUUCAAAUCGAAGCCAUAAGGUGGUACGUUCCAUUAUCUGGCAUUCUACACUUGUAAAUAGCGGCAGAUGUGUUGCUUCUAACAAGCUUUAACAUCUUUUUUCAUGUUUUAUGUAAAAAACUGCAUGUUUGAAUGCUAGUAGGGUUGUGCCAAUGCUGUGUG